AUGCUUAAGAAUGACCGUCUUGCUACGCUCCAGCCCACGCUUCACCCUACUCGUCGUCUCUGGAAGGACUAUUUCCCCGAGGUGGACGGUAUUGUCUUCCUCGUCGACUCGCAGGAUGUUGAACGUUUCCCGGAGGCCCGCGCCGAGCUUGAUUCUCUACUGGCCAUUGAGGAGCUGAACAAGGUACCUUUCCUCGUACUUGGCAACAAGAUCGAUGCACCUGGGGCUGUAUCAGAGGAAGAGCUUCGCCAGUCUCUGGGUCUAUUCCAGACUACCGGAAAGGGCUCUGUUCCUCUCAAGGAUAUUCGCCCUAUCGAGUUGUUUAUGUGCUCAGUGGUCAUGCGCCAAGGCUACGGCGAGGGUUUCCGUUGGCUCUCGAACUACCAAAGCAGACUCAGCUCUUUGGUGCCUUGUGCAGCGGCUGGUGUGGCUGGCCAUGCAUCCGUGCUUGCCCUCAACCGUAGAUCAAGUAAGCAUAGGUAA